AAUACCAAGCAGAAGAAUUUCCGGGGUCAGAUAACACAGAGACCGGACGCAUCACGCGGGAAACGCAGGUUUUUCUCACGUCUGCUGACCGUAAGGCUGAAAUGGGAGACACGUUGGAGUUUAACGACAUCUACCAGGAGGCGAAGGGAUCCUGGAAUGAUGGGCGGCUGCGAUUCAGCAAACAGUCUAUCGUCUAUAAGAGCACUAAAACAGGAAAGGUUGACACAAUCCCUGUCCCUGACCUGUCUCUUGCCCAGUGGCGUCGUGUCUGUCUGGGUCACGGCAUCAAACUAUCCACCAGCACUGGCCAUGUGUACAAAUAUGAUGGUUUCAAAGACUCUGACUUGGAGUCGAUUGCCGCAUUCUUCAAGGCCAACUACAAAGUGGAGCUGGUCGAGAAGGACAUGUGUGUGAAGGGAUGGAACUGGGGAACAGCUAAAUUCACAGGACCCCUGCUGUCGUUUGACGUGAGCGAGAACCCCGUCUUUGAGAUCCCGCUGUCCAACGUGUCCCAGUGCGCCACGGGCAAGAACGAGGUGACGCUGGAGUUCCACCAGAACGACGACGCCGAGGUGGCCCUGAUGGAGGUCCGCUUCUACGUCCCCCCAGCCACCGCCGAAGAUGGGGGCGACCCCGUGGAGGCAUUUGCUCAGAAUGUUCUGUCCAAGGCUGAUGUCAUCCAGGCCACCGGCGACGCCGUGUGUAUCUUUAAAGAGCUGCAGUGUCUUACUCCCAGGGGCAGAUAUGACAUCCGCAUUUACCCUACGUUCCUCCACCUGCAUGGUAAGACGUUUGAUUACAAGAUCCCUUUCACCACGGUGCUCCGACUCUUCCUGCUGCCACACAAGGAGCAGAUGUUCUUUGUGAUCAGUUUGGAUCCUCCCAUAAAACAGGGUCAGACCCGCUACCAUUUCCUCAUCCUGCUCUUCUCUAAAGAUGAAGACAUCAGCCUCACGCUGAACAUGAACGAGGAUGAGGUGGAGAAGCGCUUUGAGGGGAAGCUCACCAAGCACAUGUCGGGCUCCCUGUACGAGGUGGUCAGCAGGGUUAUGAAAGCCCUGGUCAACAGGAAGAUCACUGUGCCUGGAAACUUCCAAGGCCACAGUGGCUCCCAGUGUAUCACCUGCUCCUACAAGGCCAGCUCCGGGCUGCUCUACCCUCUGGAGCGCGGCUUCAUCUACGUGCACAAGCCGCCCGUGCACCUGCGCUUCGAGGAGAUCUCCUGCGUCAACUUCGCCCGCGGCACCACCACCACGCGCUCCUUCGACUUCGAGAUCGAGACCAAGCAGGGCUCCCAGUACACCUUCAGCAGCAUUGAGAGGCAAGAGUACGGCAAGCUCUUUGACUUUGUCAACGCCAAGAAGCUCAACAUCAAGAAUCGUGGCUUUAAAGAGGGCAUGAAAGGAAAGGAUGAUAUGAGCGACUCGGAUGAGGACCAACAUGACGCCUAUCUGGAGAGGAUGAAGGAAGAGGGCAAGAUCCGGGAGGAGGGUGGCAGUGAUGACUCUGAGGGAGACAGUGACGAGUCCUUCAACCCAGGAGAGGAGGAUGACGACGUUGCUGAAGAGUACGACUCCAAUGCCUCAGGCAGUGACAGCGAGGACGACAGCGCAGGCAGCGACGAGGAGGCCAAGCCCAAGAAGUCCAAACCCAAGAAGGAGCCCGUGAAGAAGACCAAGGCGCCCAAAGAGAAGAAGGAGAGGAAGCCACGCAAAGAGAAGAAAGUCAAGGAUGCUGGCGCCCCCAAGAGGCCGAUGAGCGCGUACAUGUUGUGGCUCAACGCCAGCCGCGAGCGAAUCAAGUCGGAGCACCCCGGCAUCUCCGUCACCGAGAUCUCCAAGAAGGCUGGCGAGAUGUGGAAGCAGAUUGGGAAGGACAAGAAGGAGGAAUGGGACAAGAAGGCGGAGGAGGCCAAGCGACAGUAUGAGAAGGCCAUGAAGGAGUACAAGGAGAGUGGCGGUGGCGGUGGCGGAGCCUCAGCCUCUUCCUCCUCCAAAAAAGAGCCAAAGAAGAAGGCGGGCAAAUCAAAUGACAAGAAGAAGUCAGCAGAGAAGGAGAAAAAUGUAGGCAACGAGAGCUUCAAGAGCCGCGAGUUCAUCUCCAGCGAGGACAGCUCCGACAACGACUCGGACCGCGGCAAGAAGAGCAGCAAACGGAAGCAUUCUGAUGACGAGGAAGAGGAAGAAAUUGCCAGCACGCCACCAAGUUCUGCGGAGUCCGGUUCCGACUGAUCCCAACGCGCAGACAGACUCGCACGUUUGUGUGUUCUGCCAGUGAUCUGAGUUAGAUGGACCAAUUCUUUCUACUGCUUCACCCGUGUAAAUUUUUAUGCACAUUAGUUGUUUAGCUGUUCCACAUUCCAUGCUUAACAGCCUUGCCCCAAGCACAUUCCAGCACUCUGAUUUAUAGAGAUCAGUAAUGAAGGUGUGUGCUAAUCGUUAAAGUGUGCUACAUGUCCCAUAGCUCUCUCAGGUAUUUUCUUUUUUCAAAGAUGGGGAACGGUGUAGCAGAGCAGCAAAGCACUCUGGAGUAUGUAGUUUUCUUCCAUAUUGGUAGAUGUCUCUUUUUUUUUUUCUUUUCUUUUUUUUUGGUCACAGAAUCCGAAACCUGAAACUAAACUGAGGGCUUGUGAAAACGACGCAGUUUUAUUAUACUUCUGUAUUGCUUGAAUAAAUAAAUAAAUGUUUUGUAAUAAA